CGGGGACAAGCGGGGCCCAAAAUGGCGGCCAGCCGCUACCGGCGCUUCCUUAAGCUCUGUGAGGAAUGGCCAGUGGACGAGACCAAACGGGGCCGGGACUUGGGCGCUUACCUGCGGCAGCGGGUGGCACAGGCCUUUCGGGAGGGAGAGAACACCCAGAUCGCCGAGCCUGAGGCCUGUGAUCAGAUGUAUGAGAGCUUAGCACGACUCCAUUCAAACUAUUACAAACACAAGUACCCUCGCCCCAGAGACACGAGCUUCAGUGGCCUGUCCGUGGAAGAGUACAAGCUGAUCCUGUCCACAGACACCCUAGAAGAAUUUAAGGAAAUGAAUAAAGGCAUGUGGAAGAAGCUUCAGGAGAAGUUUGCCCCCAGGAAUCCCGAGGAGAAGCAGAAGGCCUGGGCCCGGUCCUUAUCUCGCCCGCGCACCUAAGCGUGGAGUCUUGUACAUCGCCAUCAUAAAUAAAACUGCCCUGAUUUCCCCAUCCUCACGGUUCAGGAAUCUCACCCAGCCUUCACAGAAAGAAAGCCAUUGCUGCUCUAAAGAAAGCUUCUGCCUGAGAAGGGAUGCCAUGGAGCGUCCACCCCCACCCGCCGGUCAGGGUAGGGAAGUCUCCAGAGGAGAGGAAAUGCGGGUCUCCGUCUGGGCCUGAGAAGGGAAGGUGACGGGGCCUCUGGGCAAGGUGCUUCCUGUGCAGCCCCAGGAGCCCCACCUGCCAGGGGGGAUCUGCUGGCUCCUGGCAGGAUUCUCAGGCUCCCUUUUGUUGGAGUUCCUGGGGGAUAGCCAAAAAUAGCGGUAAACAUUGAAGAAGGCAUCCUGUUGCAAACAGAAAGCAGGAGGUGGUGUGGCCGAGAGAUGAGAAGAGGCUGUUUGGCCGUCAUUCCCACUGACUCAGAAGGACGGAUCCGGUCCUCUGCCCCUGACCUUGCAGAAAACCCAUGUUCCAAGUUGGUUUGAGGGACAUAGUAGAGACACAGACGGUCUUCGGCCAAGUGGGGCUGCAGACUGCAGGCGGCUUUAGCGCCCUAGGCAGGUUCUGUGGGAGGCCACAGGACACCAGCCCCCUGGCCAGGGACACACACACACACACACACACGGUCACCUCAUCCCAUGGAACCUUAGUUGUAAAUGCUCGUGGUCCCCACUUGAGCAUUUCUUCUAUCAACAACAGAGCUGAGAGAAGGUAGGGCAGGGGCUGACAGGCACCCCUCACCAGGAAGUGAAAGUGAGCUCUUAACCUCCUUUGUCCUUGGACUCCUCAGUAUGUUUUGAAAUACAUACAAUAAAAUACAGACCAGUUCUACUGCGA